AUGGUUGACGAGCUGGAGUCCCCCCUUUCGUCGCGUCAUUUUGCCUCAACCAAGGACACCGGUCUCAGGGCCAGCCACGAAGUUCUAGACCAGGUUCAACAAGAUCACAAGGCUGAUCUUCUACAUGCUGGGUAUUGCCUCCUCUGCACCAUCGGAUUGGCCAUCUUGGAUCUAACAUGCUUGCUGCUAUUCCAUAGAUGCGAAUUGAGUUCAGCUAUGCACGACACCAAUGCGCGCGAUCGAAUCCGUCGAAAUGAGGUUCGGCGACAACGUACUUCCAUUAUUCAUGGGAAAGCACACUCCCUUGCCGCGGCACCCACUCAAGGUCCUUGUCCAUGCACCGGAUCUCGAACUUUAUUCGAUUCUUGGGACCUAGCGAGGUUUCCUGGAGCUAAAGACGCGAAGAUGAGCUCUUUUACGUAUGACGGGUUUAUGGAUCCAGACUGGCAGCAAUACGAAGAGCCGGCAGCACCGUACGCGUCAGUUCUGCCAAAUGCCGCAUACGGAUAUGCCCCAGAAAUGGCCACGUACGCUGCACAAGACUCAGGCAAUGCAGUAUCAGCCUUCCAACACGAGCCCGGUCGUGUUCCAAGUCCCAAGAGCACCGGCAAGCGCGUCCAGACAAGCAGAGAGAACACGGCAAUCUCAGCAAUCACCAAGAAUCAAGCGGACCAGAACAGUGCGCUUUUCACCGUCUCCCUACGACCUAGGCUGAUGAUUCGCAGGCAUUGCGAUGGCGGCGAGCCUUGUCAGCCGUGUUCAGAGCAGGCCACGAGCUGCAAGUAUCGUCCGGAGAUGAACAACUACAUGCUUGGAGAUGGCACGAUGGAGAAAGUGCUUCAGCUUGCUGAGAGGUACAACACAACACUGGCAAGCCUGAACGACGAUAUUGAUGUCAUGAACACUACCCUCCGAAGCAUUGAAGCCAGGCUCGAUCGUUCAAUGCCACAAGCACCGCGCAGCAUGACCGAGCGCCGUCCCAAAGGACAGCUCGCGGAGGGUAUCCUUACGCUUCGGAUUCCCUGCAAGAUCGUCGUGGGUCUGCGUCAACCUCUUCCAGAUCAUCUCAAGAGAGCAUCCAUUGAGCCAUGUCGGCCGCCUUGCAGCAUGCUCUCAUUUGCGACCUCCGGCGUGGCCAUGGCUGUGACGGCAUAUGCAGGCAAUCGCAUGCGGCCCGAAUCGUCUGACAUGCAUUUGAUCGGUUCUGUGACGAGCAAGCGUAUCAGGAGAUAG